AUGCCUGCGGUUUCUUCUGUUCUAGAGGCUGUUGUGGCGCCGAGAGCUGUCAAUGACACCACUGAAGCGUUGCAGGUCAUUUGCGCAUGGCCUGUUUCUGGACAAUAUGGUACAGGUACACGAGUUUUAUACUAUGUCCUCAUCGCUACUUGUCUUGUCGCAAAGAAAAAGGAAUGGCUGGUGAAUCCUUGCUUGGCUGCUGCUCUCGUGCUGCCCGCUGUUGCGGCCAUUCAUGGGAUUGUCUUGACAGCGAUGCACAAUCCAGAUGCUGUUGAUAUGGAUAUCUACGGGGCCUUCCAACUAUGCGCGAUCGGUAUCCUCGCUGCUCCAGUGACAGUCAUGAUGUCAAAAACAUACUUCAACGAUCCUGGCAGAAACACCAUCUUCUUAUGGACUUUUCUGCUCUUGAUCGGCCUCCUAAGCAUGACGGUCGAAUUCUACCGUAUAGAAACCCGCGACUGCACAACCAACGCCUCGGGCAGCCCCGUCUCCCCUAAUGCCUCAGACUUCAACUACACCGAAGGCAACAAUUGCGGCCUCAUCUGCUCUACCCAAGACGGUCCUCGCUCCUCCAUGCGCGGCGGUUCAGCAGAUAAUAUCUAUGUCAUCCCUGCACCUCACACUUUGACCUUUGGUGCCGCUACACUACUUGCAGCUGCGUGUUGCGUGCAUGCAGUCCUAUGUUUGGUGAGCAUGUGGGAUCGCGUACUGGAGAUUAAUUGGCGAAGACGCUUUGGCAGACAGCAGGAGGAAGAGGAGGAGACCACAGAAGAUGGGGGUGCUAACAAGGGCGUUAUGAAGAAGGUCAAUGACACCAUUGGCUUCUAUCUCAAGAUCCUGGCAGUGCCGGUGUUCGGAGGAGCAGGAUUGGCGAUUUUGAUUGUGGGAGAGAUUAAUUUCUUUAGUCCCCAGGUUGACUAUCAGACGGAACCUAUGGCCAAUAUUGGGCAAUGGGCUCCGGUCACAGGCACAGCGAUGGCCAUGGUAGGCUCACUAUAUCUUCUCCUCGCACGUCAUGCCGAAGAAGCAGGUGAUCCAUACAAACCGCAUCAAUGCAAUUGCCCUCACUGCCACAUCGACAACAGUGCACGACAGAGCCAAGUGUCGCACCAUGGCAGCGUGUCUUCACUGAACAGCCGCCAUACUGGACCGACUAUUUCAGUGACCGAUACACAUCCAACCACUCAAUUGUCUCCAAAUUUGGACGUCCCUCCUCCCCGAUCCUCACUACACCGAGACUCAUCAAUAGACGGUAAUCGAUCGAUAAACCACCCAGCAAGAAACCCCUACAGGGAAAAGGUUGAAAAAGCAUUCUUCAAAGUCGGAGACAUCCUCGGAACGCCAGCUCAUGACUUUAUCACGGAACCACAAAACCGUGACCCAAGCCAUGUUGAUCUACCAAUGGUGCCUGGUGAACGUCUCCGCAACGAGCGUGUUAUCGCAGUUGAGAGGGAACAAGAUCAACAUCAAGAACACGAAAGCGAAGUUGCAUCAAUUCGAACCCGAUCAGAUAGUUUUCGCGCAAACGAAGCACCCGUGCAAAACGUGGAGCGCUGCACAUCUCUACCAGUAAUGCCAGCUGCUGCAUUAACACGAUCGAGAUCAGCGACGCCAUCAAGACCAAGAGCAUCAACGCUCAAUCACCAAUCAUCAUCAUAG